AUGAACAAUGUUAUCAAGUACGGCUCAGUUCAAGCGAAUCCCCUUUAUAACUGCAGCGCCCAUACCCCAGAAGAAUGGUCCAAAAGAGACGGUGUCUCUCGUCCAAUCUUCGGAAUCACCGAAGGAGUGGCUGGACUCCUCGUGGACAUUGCCUAUAUCCCAGUGUUCUUUGUAAUGAUCGAAAAAGAAAACUUCAAAAUGUCUUGCUACAAAAUCAUGACAGCCUUGGCGGUGGUUGACUUCUUAUCCAUAAUUGUGAACUGUAUGAUAACAGGAUGGCUUACUUACGAAGGUGCCGUUUUUUGUACCCAUCCAGAAGUGAUCCAGUUUUCCGGAAUGACUGGAGAAUCGCUUUGGUGUGUUUCAAAUGUGCUUGCAGUGACGUUGAUAACCAAUCGAUUACUCGAUCUAACCAGUCCAAGAGCCAUAGCCUUCUUUUUUGAGGGCAACCGUACAUACCUCUUUAUUCUGGUAGCUAUCAUCUAUGGUUUAUACUUUUUCUUCUGCAAUACACCUACCGCUUUCACUUCUAAAUUUCAUACUUGGUUCUUCGAUCCAAUGAUUUUCGAGGGAAAAGCUAUGGAAUACGAGAAUUUUCCUAUUUUUAUUAACAACUUUUUGGUAGUCUUCCUCACCUGCUCUCUUUAUAUUCUCUUCUGCAUUGUACUGAGAUCAAAGCUGAAGAAUACAGCUGGGUCAGAGUCAAGGAAAGCGAGCAUUAAUGUAUUUUUGCAAUCCGUCAUGAUUUGUGCUGUCAAUCUCAAUGUUUCUAUCAUCUACGUCACCAUGAACUAUAUUGAGGUCCCCCCUUGGCUUAUCAUUAUUGGGCAGUUGAGCUGGCAACUUGGGCAUGCUGCCCCGGUUGUUAUAUACUUAAAGUUUAAUAAGACGAUCAGGAGUGGAGUUUUGAGGAAACUUGGGAUAAGGGUAUGUUAUGUGGAGUCCAAAAGUAUCUCCAAAACUUUGAGAGCUCUGAAAAAAGGUGUCAAUUAUAAGAAUGUAGCUCAACGCGUUCUUUAG